GUUUUUGUUUCCUGUAUCACGCACUGGUUUUUAAUUAAUGCAUGAAUAAAUCGUCGAAAAAUGUCGGAACAGCAGUUUAUUUUGCGGUGGCAUUACCACGAAACGACCAUUUUACACAACCUGCCGUUUUUGAUAGAAAACGACGUUUUAACCGACAUCACUCUAUCGGUGGGCCACCACCAGGUUCGAGCCCAUAAAGUGAUCCUCGCUAUGUGCAGCUCCUACUUUCUACAACUAUUUCAGGAAAUGAAGUACGCGCAACACCCAGUCAUAGUGCUGCACAAUGUCAAAAUAGAAGACAUCAGGGCUGUAUUAUCAUUCAUAUAUAGAGGCCAAUGCGUGGUAACACAGGAAGAACUACCCGGUCUACUUUCAGUCGGCCGUUUACUAAAAAUACAAGGUUUAUGUGAUAUGAAAGUACCUGAAACCCAAAAAGACCGACUGAUUGGAAACGAAAACUGCCAAAAUUACGAAAAAAUUCCGAUCAAAACUGAAAAAGACAAUUGCGACUACAAUAAAAGACAAAAAACCGAAAUUUCAGAGAACAAUAACGAAGAUAUAAAUAAUUUCGAAGAUGGUAAUAAUUCAUGGAACAAAAACCUUUUUGAUUCCGAAAAAACGUUACUAAAACCCGAAGACUUGACGACAACAAACCGAAAAACAAACAAAGAAGGCUCAGAAACGUGCAAAUGUUUUAUAUGCGGAAAAUACCUUAGCAACCAAUACAACUUACGCGUUCACAUGGAAACGCACCAAGAGACUUACCACGCGUGUCAAUCGUGUCCACACGUGUCGCGCAGCAGGGAUGCGCUAAGAAAACACGUUUCCUAUAGGCAUCCAGAAGAGUACAGCACGAGAAAAAGGAAGAAACCCACUGAUAGUUAAAAAUGUUACCUACAGGUAUUAUUAUAGUAAGUAAUAAAGU